AUGUCAACCGAUUGUCACCGAUAUUUGUCACGUUUUGUUGGUAUCAGUUCCGACACAAUUGAUAUUCUCGUUGAAAAUGGUAUCGAUUCGGUGCACACAUUGAGGGCAAUAAAUAUGGACGAAGAUUGGCAUCGAUUGCCGACACAGAUAUCCAUUGGUCAGAAAUUACUAUUACGACAUGCAUUGGCCACACUAUCAGAUAUUACCGACGAUGACUACGACGGUAACAAACAAGAAAUUACUGCGAGACGAUCGGUAGCUAACAAYAAGACGGACACAGUUUUGGAUWACAAUAGGAAGUCRUGUAAAGAAAUUGAGUCAAACAGUUGUCAACAAUUACUUCAGCAGACGAUAGAUGCAAGUGAUCAGCAAUUUGUCUCAAAUGACAAACACUGUAAUCAAUCGCUUAAUACUAGACGAGUACUCCGUUUCCAUAAGAAAGAGAUUCAUAUCAUCGAUAAUAUCGAAAAAGAGAUKAAUGCGAAACAAUCGGUWUAUAACACUCGGUCUAAACAGUCUAUCAAUUUAGACAACAAUAUGGACACAGUUUUGAAGGACAAUAGGAAAAAGUCGUAUAAAGAYAUUCAAGUAAACAGURGUAAACAGUUAUGUCUACACAAGAUUCAGACAAAUGACGGCCGAUUUAUCUGCAAUUAUGAUAAUUGCAAUAAAUCUUUCAAAGCCAUUAAUAGUAUGCGUCGACACAAGAAAACGGUUCACUCGACUAAACGGCCAUUUGUUUGCAAUUAUGAUGACUGUUACAAGAAGUACAAAAACAAACAAAGUUUAAUUCAACACAAAAAAUGUAUUCACUCAUCUGGUCGACCGUUUCUAUGCAAUUAUGAUGACUGCAAUCAAUCAUUUAAAUUGAAAAGCAUUUUAGUCGAACACCAGAAACAGAUCCAUACGACUGAUCGACCAUUUGUUUGCCAUUACAAUGACUGCAACAAGUCGUUCAAAUCCAAAUCGAAUUUGGGUUAUCACCUAAAAUACGUUCACUCGACCCAUAGAUUAUUUAUCUGCAAUUACAAUGACUGCAAAAAAGCUUAUAAAACCAAAAGCAAUCUAAUUAAACACCAGAAGUGUCUUCACUCUAUCGAUCGACCAUUUGUUUGCAAUUACAAAGGCUGUGACAAAUCCUUUAAACUUAAACAACGUCUAAUAGAACAUCAGAAAUAUGUUCACACAUCUGAUCGGCCAUUUGUCUGCAAUUACAAAGACUGCGACAAAACGUACAAAUGUAAAAAGCAUUUGAUUGGUCACCAGAAACUGAUUCACCAAAUAGUUAAGCCUUAG